UAGCUCGUAGUACAUUGCCACAUGCCGACGACGAUGAUGACCACAACAACAAUCCCGAUAAUAUGGAUACUGACGAGGAGAUGGAGGAAGAUGAUGAGCCAGCAGAUGUAUAUCAGGAUCGUAGAGGUGGUCGUGCCUUACCCUUUCCGCAACUGCCUGGUCCGGCGUACUUGGAGGGUCCGUGCGAGGGAGGGCCGCAAAAUUUAGAGUUUAUGCGAUGGUUCAAGUCGCAUAUAGCGAUGUACAUUUGGGAAGGAUAUGAGCGCCGUGAAACUACACGGUGCGAGUCGAGGACCAAAGCACUCGAGGACUACCGCGGCCCGCAGGAUAACACGAUGAUUGCGAGGCUGGAGGCAACAGGUCUUUACCACUUACGAGACUGUUUUCUGAAGAGGAUGAACAAGAACCUCAUGCUAGCUUUCGUGGAGAGGUGGUAGCCGGAGACGAACAGUUUCCACAUG